AUGGCGGAAGAAGGAAAAUUAGGGAGGUUUCUGAACAGGAAGGAAUAUACCUCUUGUGGUGACAAUGAGAGGUCAUACCGUUCAAGGGAUAAACCCGUAAAGGAUGAAGAAAGAAAAGAUGUUUCUAGUGAUACACGUGGGGUCAUCAAUAUGAUCAUAGGAGGUUUUCCAGAAGGAUACCCCACCCUCAGAGCGGCAAGAGAUAGUGUCCACACUCUGAUCCAACAGCCUCACAUAGAUCCAUUGGUAGUAACAAUCAAGAUUGGCCAGAUGAAGGUGAAGAGAAUACUAAUUGACACAGGAAGUAUAGCGGAUUUGGUUAUGAUGGAUUGCCUCAAACAGAUGAAAUUCGAGGAAAAACACUUCCAACCUGUUGACAAACCCCUCAUUGAUUUUGGAGGUAAUCGAGUCUUUUCCCUUGGGACUAUCUUACUUCCAAUACGUGUGGGGGAGAGAAACAAUUGCAAAACAAUGCUCAUCCGUUUUACCGUGGUAGAUUUAAAAUUUCUCUAUAAUGCCAUAAUGGAGCUCCCCCUCAUCAACAAGCUUAAGGCUCCAAAUUUCGUGAUAUCUUUGCUUUCUCUAUCGAGGAAAUGCCCCGGUAUUCCACCCAGCAUCACGUGCUACAAGUUAGACAUCAAACUUGGAUACAAACCUGUCAAGCAAAAGCUACGACACCAAGGGAAAGAAAGAAUAGAAGCUGCUAAAGAAGAAGUUGAUAAGUUACUUAAGGCUGGUUUUAUCCGGGAACGCCAAUACUCUGAGUGGCUCUCCAACGUAGUAUUGGUCAAGAAACCCAACGGGAAAUGGCGAAUGUGUGUUGACUUCAUAGACCUGAACAAAGCCUGCCCAAAGGAUGAUUAUCCUCUUCCAAAGAUUGAUCGUCUAGCAGACUCCACGGUAGAGCAUGCCUUGCUAAGCUUCAUGGACGCUAAUGCAGGUUACCACCAAAUUCUUCUAGCCUUGGAAGAUCAACCUCAUACGACGUUCAUCACAAGUAUCAGAGUAUAUUGUUACAAGGUAAUGCCAUUUGGGUUAAAGAAUGCGGGAGCCACAUAUCAACGCAUCGUGAACAAGUCUUUAACUCCCAAAUAG